AUGUCUAAACACUGUCAAAAUAAAAAUCGUAAUUCUAUUUUAUAUAUUGAUCCAAAUAAAAGUUUUGAUACGAAUGAAAAAUUAAUCAUCAAAGAAAUUACAGUAUCCUCUCCGUAUGACGAAAAACUUUUCGGAAUGUUAAAGAAAUUCAGUCAAUUGGAUGACGCCAAUGUGAUGUCAAAAAGGCCGCCAAAUAGCUUUAUCUUAUACCGGAAAGCUUUUCAACAAACACUAAUUGACAACAAUAUUCAUCUUUAUGCGGGUAAAAUUUCGGGAAUGGCAUCAAAAAAAUGGAAGAUCGAAUCUGAUUCAAUCAAACAAGAGUAUGCACAAAUUGCCAGCGAAAUUCGCGAAAGCUCACCAAAAUAUGUAUAUUUGCCUUCCUCUCAAAAGAAAUCUAAAGAUAAAUACAAAUGGCGUAUUUAUAAUAACUAUUCUGACAUCACAAAAAGAAAGAAAAGUUCAUCAUCCAAUAAAGAUUGCGAGUUCAGUACAAUUGGCUCAAAACAAAAUUAUUUAACGUCAAAAUUCUCGGUUAUUGAUCCUCAAGAUUCGGCAUCGUUUCUAUUACAAGAGUCUAUUCCAUCGACAUCAACAGAAAAUGUUUGUCAUAACGUUAAUGGCCAAUUUUCUGUAAAUCCACAACAACUGAUUCAAUCACAGCCAAGUGCUGAUCAUACAAGUCGAUUCUUGAAUUAUAAUACUGUUGCUUUGAAUUAUGAACAUUCUGCACCAAAUUUAUCAAUAAGUGAUCCUCAAAAUAUGACCUCUUUUCAAUUAGCAAUGGAAGAAGUUGAUAAUUUAGAAAUGAUUGACAUGUUUCUAAAACCUUUUCCAUUGACAUUAGCAGAAAUCAGUUAUCAAGAAACGACUUUUCCAUUUGACGAUAAAGAUUUUAUGACGAUCAAUUCAAAUAACGCUAACGAUAACCAAUCUUUUGUUGAUCCACAACAAUUAUUGUUGAACUAUAUAUAG